AUGGCACCUCACCCUCCCCCCAUAAAGACCUCCCACGGUCCUCGACACGGCCCCUCGGGCUCGCGCUCUGCCCAGAAUGCCCUCAUCCCGCCUCUCAACACCAUCUCCUCCGCAUCGUCGUCCACGCCCUCCCCCUCCCCCUCCCCUUCCCACGGUCUCACGCCCAUCCCAGGCAACCACAAUACUUCCACACCGUCUCCGUCCUCCACCCCGACUCCGACCACCGCCACAACCGUAAUCCCACCCACGCCUUCUUCUGCCGUCACCGUGACCAGAGACAAGGACAAGGACAAGGAUCCUCACGCCGGCACUGCGAAACCCUCUGCCACCAGCAUACCACAGCCUGCCCACUCUCCGUCCAGCAACCCCGGCGUCGACCCGCUGUCACAACACAUCUUCCUGCGAACCAAUACCGAGUCCAUCCCCUCCAGGCAACCUCGAUCCUGGGGAGUCGCUCCUACAAAGUCAGAUGACACUUCGGAACCCCUCGAGACUAUCCCGCGCCAGAGCUCAGACCUGAGCGCCAGACAGAACAACCCUCCUGGCGAUGUUGCCAGGGACAAGAAGAAGGGUCCAUCGUUUCUCAGUCGGCUCGGAAUGCGCACCACGAGGAAAGCUAGGGGCGAUGUCGACUCCAUACACGACAGCGAGUCCGAGUUCAAUGGCGAGUCCCGAAUGGACGGCGCAGAUGCCCGCGUUUUCUCCGAUAAUGUCGACGCGGGGGGGUUCAUCCCCCGCCACAAGGAGCCCCCGAGGUACAUUCGCGUCCGCGCCAACCACAAAAAGAACCACGAGCGCGAGUUCAACCGCAUGUUCCUCGCCCAGGAGCUCGUUGGCACCCACCCCAAGCUGGACGGCGGCGACGGCGACGGCACACAACCAGGGUCCAAGGUCCCCGUCGUCACCGUCUCCGUGGCCGGUGCCGGUGGCAGGAGGAGGGAGCGCACUGGCGGCGCCAUUUGGGCUACCGAGUUCUCCAAGGAUGGGAAAUACCUGGCCGCCGCCGGGAAGGACAUGGUUGUCAGGAUGUGGGCCGUCAUAUCGACCCAGGAGGAGCGGCGGGCGCAGGAGGAGGACGAGGCCGCUACCUGUCCCGUCGGCGAGAGGCUGUCGACCCCGGUCUUUGUCGGACGCCCGUUCCGUGAGCUCCAGGGCCACGUGAACGAGAUCCUCGACCUGAGCUGGAGCAAGAACAACUUCCUCCUCUCCACCAGCAUGGACAAGUCGGUGAGGCUCUGGCACACCAGCCGCGACGAGUGCCUCUGCACGUUCAAGCACAAGGACGUGGUCACCAAGGUGGCCUUCCACCCCACAGACGACCGCUUCUUCCUCGCAGGAAGCCUGGACAUGACGCUGCGGCUGUGGAGCAUACCUGACAAGGCCGUCGCCUACAGCGUCCGCCUGCCGGACCUGAUCACCGCGGUGGCAUUCGCCCCGGACGGCAAGUUUGCGAUCGCGGGCCUCCUGAACGGCCUGUGCAUGGUCUACGACACCGAGGGCCUCAAGUUCCACAGCCAAAUACACGCAAAAAGCUCGCGGGGCAAGAACUCCAAGGGGAGCAAGAUCACCGGAAUACAGACCAUGACCAUGCCCCUCACCUCGGGCGGCUCGGGUGGCACAGAGCCUGGUGAGGUCAAGAUCAUGGUAUCAACCAACGACUCGAGGAUCCGGGUCUACAACCUGAAGGACGGCAGCCUCGAUGUCAAGUUCAAGGGCCACGAGAACGCCUGCACGCAAAUCAGCGCCAGCUUCAGCGACGACGCACAGUAUGUCAUCAGCGGCAGCGAGAACAGGAAGACGUUCAUCUGGAAGGUGGGCGCAUCGGUCAUUGGCGAUUCCAGCAAGCACCCGAGCGAAAGCUUCGACGCGCACGGCGACAUCGUCACGACGGCCCUCUUUGCCCCGGUCAAGACCAGGCAGCUCCUGAGCGAGUCGGGGGACCCCAUCUACGACCUGUGCAACCCCCCACCGGUCACCCUGAUGCCCUCGGACGAGGCCGCCGCGACGUCGUCUCAGGCCGCCCCGUCAGACGCGGGCAGCCAGGAGAGGGCGCAGGACCCCGACAGCUCCCUGCCGACGCCGGGCCUGGUCAGGAAGACUGAUUACUCGCCUGCUUACCUCGCUCGCAAGUCCCACAACGGUGGCAACAUCAUCGUGACCUCGGACGACCAAGGGAUCAUCAAGGUCUUCCGGCAGGACUGUGCCUUUGCGAAGCGGCGUCACGAGAGCUGGGAGACGGGAAGCACCUUCUCCAGGAAGACCGGCGGUGGCCUCGGCCCAGGGGUGGUCCGCUCAUCCAGCAUCAGGACCAGGACGAGCGCCGGCAGCGCUGCACACUCACGGCGCGGUAGUCUGAGCACCGGAGCCGGGCAGCCUGCGGCGCUUCCGCCGGGCAUCGCGUGGGGCGCGCCGGGCACGCCGAAGCUGUCCUCUGACAUGAUUCUGAGCUGGCGUCAGGACAUUGAGGGAAGCGGCAGGCCCCAGUCGGUUGCUGGAAGCAUAGGCACCCCCGUGCGGAGCGAGCGGAGCAUGUCCCCCGGCAAGGACCAGCGGCCAACGGCCAGCGGCAGCCGCGCAAAUCUGGCGGCAGAUGCCAGGAAGCAGCAGUACGCGACAGCCUCUGCGCGGAUCCCUGCGGGCGUCAAUGACCCUCCCGGCAGUCCCACAAACAGCGUGGCAAGCGGCCGGCUGCGGCCAAAGACAGCCAACGCUGCCGACACAAAGGCGACGCCUAGCCCGUCAUCAUUGGGCCCUACAGCCGAGGAGGGCACGGUGGCGGACAAGAACAAUCCUCGGGAGGAUUCCCCCCAGGCCAAGCCCCGGCCGUCAACGACCAGAGACCGCAGGGGCUCCAAAAAGGCCGACGAUGCCCCAACGCCUCCGCCAGUGCCCUCGUUCAGCUUUAGGCCCGCUGACGACGGGUCGGAAGCCCUGCGGCUCGACCCAGCCGGGGCAAGCUACGGGUUCUGGAACCUGAACCGCUGGAAGGGGCUGGCCGGGCUCAGAGGGUCGAACGGGGAUGGGAAGUCCAACACGGGGGCUAAGGGCCACCAGAGGGCCGCCAGUGAUGCCGUGGCGCCUGGGGCCGAGAACGGCGAGGCCGCGCCCGAGGGGCCCCGGCGGAAGAGCCUGGCGGCGUCGAGGUCCUCGACGAUGCCCCUCUCGUCGGGCGGCGAUACGCGACCCCCGGUGCCUGGGUUUGAGCGGCGGCCAGCCGAGGUGCAGCGUGGCGCCUCGCAUCUGAGCACCGUGACGUCACAGGAUGAAAACCGGCUUGCCCCGGCUGAUUCCGUCGUCAGCAGGCUCAGCUCCGAGUUGACGAGCGACAGCGAGGCUGGCCGCCAGAGCAGCGGGGACGGCGACGACGUCCCAUGUCGCAAGUGUGGGGCAAAGAAGUUCAGGUCCAAGAGGGUCCAAGGCCGCCAGAGACUGGUCUGCGGCCGCUGUGGGAGCGUGGCGUAUGAUGAGACUAGGUAA